AAUUGGCUCCCCUUUGGUGUCUUGAUCAAGCCACAAUCAAAAUACUGCUCUAAUGUCACACAACAAUAUGAAGCAAGCAUGGCAACAAAAAUGGCUAAACUUUGUAGUCGGAUAUAUAGAACUAAAGUUGUCGAAGCAAUUAAAGCAUUGAAAAAUGCACUACCAUAUUCUGAAACGGUAUUGAGCCAAACCAGAUUGACUGGUGAACCCUCAGCUCAUUCUUUUGUUCAUAUUGAGGGUUUCGGUCACUACUUACUCCAUCCUCAAACAUAUCAUCAGCUACAUGAGGAAAUGAUUGGGAAUCUUCUGAAAUCAAACCCACAUGUGGCGAAUGAGCUGCUUGAAUACAAGGGCCUAGCCAUUGCGCCUAUGGAUUUUGCAUACAUUGUUCCUCAAAAUAGCUUGAACCCAUGCUCCAGUUUAUGACGUUCAUGUGCCAGAAGGCUACUCUAUCUUCUUCUUCUUCUGUUUCCCGUUUGACAAAAGGAAUGAGAUGUCAAGACUCAGUGCUCUCCAACAAAAUUGAAGGUACAAUAUGAAAUUGCUAACCCCAUGAAAGUAGUAAAUUUCACUUUAGGUGCUUUGAACACACAUCUAUUGAUUUUGCAGGCUGUGUACAUAUUACUACUGAUCGUCAUUCUGAAAAAAGCUAGUAAAUAUCCAACUAUACCAGACCUUAAUUCCUUGUUCUUUUCACCUUCGGAAAUCCCUGAACAACCUAAUGGUUUUACAACUAAUAUAAACACCAAUUAUUUUAUGAACAUAGAGGGGGAUAUAACUAAUCAGAAAUCUAUUCAUAGCUCUACAAAACUAAAUGAUAAUUGCCCUACUUCUGGUGCUCUGCGUUAUGCCCUACAUGUUUGUUUCCUAUGCCCCUUUUUAAGGAAAUGUUGCAAAGCAAUGCAAAUAUGCCAAUCGGAUCCCUUUUCGGUGCCAAAGAGAAAUAAUGGAGCUGUUGAGGGAGAGCGUCACUUCUAUUUGUAUAAUGAUAUGAGAGUAGUGUUUUCUUAACGCCAUUUUGAUGCAGAU